UGUCGGAGUUCGCCAACUGGAAUCUCACCAAGCGCUACCGUUUAGUACAGUGUGUUCACCGACUGAUACACCACUUAUAACACCGUCCCUGGAACAUCUACUGUACCUAGACAACAGCAUCUGAUGAUGGAGUCCCGUCUCCUCUUCAAGCUGGCCAUUGUGGCUGCCAUGGUAACACUCAGUGUCCAGCUAGUGACUCCUCCCCCAAACGCAUGUGGCGGCAGGUCUUCCUUUACUCGGGAAUAUUACCCCAUUAACGGCAGAUGUGACAGGUUCUACCGAUGCCUUUUAAGCGUUGCCAGUCCCGCCAUGCAAUGUAGACUGGGCACCUUCUUCAGCUACUCUAAACAGACAUGCGACUACGCCAAGAACGUCAUCCAAGACCAGUCAUGCGAUUUGUGCAGCGGACGCAACGUGCACCCGUUCAUGGACUCCUGUGAACUGUUCUACGAGUGUACUGGCAACUCAGAUACCCCCGUGGAAGCCAAAUGCUGCCCAGCUGGUCAAAUCUUCGUAGAGAACGUUGGAUGUCAACCACUAGGUUUCGGCCAGAGCUGUGCUGCCAGCAACUACACCCACUCCCGCUACUGCCGGAACUACCUCCAGUGCGUGGAUGGAACCCUCACCCAAUUCUGCUGCCCUGGCACGGAGAGAUUCAAUGGUGAACGAUGUGUCCCCGACCCUGAUGGGGUGUGCACACUCCCCUGUGAAGGCGAAGAGUACUCAACGCCAGUACCAGACUCGACCCGCAUCGCAUCAGAAUGCGAACCUGGAACUGACUCUGAACUGAACAACAUCAAAUCCUGGGGCAUGAUGGAUCUUAACUCUGCGUGGAUGGAAAACGAUGGUCCCGUCACCCAGUCCAGUGACGGCCAGUCUGGCGUUUUCCGUAACGGCGCCUACAUCACACUCAGCUUCUUCAACAACAACGUCAUGCCACCCUUCAGGGCCUUCGUGCGCUUCCAGCCCGAGGACCCCAACUCGAACAUCGAGCAGGACCUUCUGAGCAACGCCUGUGACGGGGCUGACGCCUCCAUCACCUUGUCCGUCAUCCCCGACUCUAGAACCGUUAGGGUCAGCGUCGGCGACAGCACAGGAACGUCUACCUCAGCUCAAUGGAACCCAUCGUUUACCAACGACCCCUGGGUAGAGGUCACUGUCCAGUUCGCCAACCAGAACCUCCUGGUCACUGUCAAGAAUGGAGAGUCACAGGUCGUACAGAGCAACAUUGCCUUCGCCGGAUCAAUCACCAACAACUGCAAGCCAAGAGUCUGUCCAAUGGUAACGUGGUAUUAA